GCCCAUCCAUGGGUAGGCGUGCCUAUUGUCUUGUUUAUUCUACUGAUACUUGUUGAUUCUACUAAUACUACCUACCUAUUCUACUAAUACCUCAAAACCCCACCUAUCCUUACUAUACCUCUUCCACCAAUAAUCGAAAAUGCCCCGCGGUAUACCAGGUCCCCACCCAGGGACACCCAACAAGAAGCGCAAACACGAAGAAGACCUCUCCGAAAACCCAUACACGCGCAAAUCCCGCGCCCGAACGGCUCGGCUCACGGGCGCUGACCGCACCAUGGAUAAUGCCCGCAAUGCGGACCGCCAGGCUGUGAAUCGUCGGUUGAGGCGGAUAAAGGUUUCCGCUGAGUAUCUCUCGGCGGACGAUGACGCUAGGAAGCGUAUGCUGGGGGAUGCGGUGAAGAGGGAGAUUGAGUAUCGGGAUUCGAUUGGUCGGUCUGCGACGGCUAUUGCGGAGAAGAUUGGAUAUCGCGAUGGCUCGACUAGCACUCAGCAGAUCAGCAAGGAUAAACCCGUCGAGAAGAAUCCUGACGACAUGAUUCCUGUGGUUUUGACGUGCAAGCAGUGCGCUGGGAGUGCCAAGGACUUGGUGUCUAAGUGUGCGCCUGUUGAUGGGAAGACUGAUGGCAAGACUGAUGGCAAAACUGAUGGCAAGUCUGAUGACAAGCCCAAGCCAUCUCGGAGCGCGAACACUACAAGAAAACCAGAAGAUCCCGCGCUUACUGCUAAAAAAGCCGAAAGUACACCAAGCAAGCUCGAACAGCGCAAUGAGGACACUCAACAGCCAUGGAGCUGGGAUAGUUGGUCAAUGUUUUGGAAGACGGCUGUUACUCCCAUCUUUAGCAAGGCGAAACGGCUUAGUCGGGUUGGGGGUGUUGCUCCGGAAUGAUGUCAUGAAACUUGAUGUGUUGUUUUCUUAAGCCUUGUUUGUUUGAAUUGGUCGAACAGUGAUUUUGUCGUCCAUUGCGUUAGAGGAUGGCAACCGGUCUAGAGUUUGCUGUUUUGGAUAGACUUUGAUUUGGUGGCUUGUUUUGUUGCAUGGGUUGGAGCCCAGGGGGUGGAAGACUGUCGAAUGGUGUCUGAAUGAUGUAUACGAAAAGCAUGUUGGCGAUUUUGCAUUGCUCUAUAGAGGUUCCUAUAUAUAUCUAAUUCAAUAAUAAUGGUUCUUUUUCUCU